AUGUCGCCAUGUCAUUUAGAGCAGGCCAUGUCCUCUAAAACUGACCAUAAUUUGAAGUUUGAGAUCCUUAAAAGGUUGAGAUUUGAGCUAGACGAGGGCCAGUCUUCAGCUCUUACAAAAUCCGGAACGUUAGUUUCAAUUAUAAUCAUUGACAAGUUCUCUGUUAUGGCUACUAAUAUUACUGGACCGACGCCUCAAGUAGAUUAUUCGAAGCUGCUCACAUCUCCGAAUUAUUUCGGAGAUAAUAUCGGCGCGAAUCCGGUUUCUAGGCCGAAGAACGCUGAGUCUGGAAGAUUUACUACAUCAAAGACGACAGUCAAAAAGCGUAAAAGAACCACUCCUGCUAGAAUAUACUUAGAAGAAGACUGUGAUUACCUCGCACAUUACUGCCUCAAAGCAUAUGAAACUGGUCAAGUGUGCGGUAGAACUUUAUAUUAUGUUUACAGCACAUUUGAAAAUUAUUGUAUGCUGGAUUACGUAAAUUGCAUGGAAAGAUAUGAAGGCAAGUAUAUCUUUUGUCUAAACUAA